UUCAAGAGUUCAUUGAAUCGCUAACAAUUUAUUAAGUUCUUAAAAAGAUAAUGGCCAUAUUAUUUAACCAUCUCUGGAAUAUUAUAAUAACGCCACAGAUUUUACCUAAUAAUAUGACAUUGUUAAACUAAAAUAAAUUAAUUAUUUAAUAUUUUCGCGAUCUCGAUCCGGCAACACCGCAACCAAUUUGCGAACUAAAAAAAAAAACCUUGAAAAACGGGGUAAGUGGGAUUAUUAAAUGUUUUUAAAAAAUAAAACAAACUUUGACCCUCAUUGAAGUGAUAAAUGUAAGUAAUUAAAUAAACAAGUGCGGUAUCUUAAAAAUGAACGUGGACGAUAUAAUUUAUUUAUCGCUUCUGGUUUUUUCUAUGGGAUUCGGUUUGUAUUACCGAAAAAUUACCAAUGUAGAAAAUAAGAGACUUCUAGGAGCCGGAUUAGGUUUUGUUAUCGCAUUCAUAGUUUCAGGCUUCCAUAUUUUACAUAUCUUGAUAACAACCCUAAUAAAUGCAUGCAUAAUUUUGUUUAUAGAUAAAAGAAAAUGUCACGUUUAUUCCUUUGCAUUUUCGUUUCUUUACCUGUUUUUCUUCCGUUCAACCAUAUAUUUCGGUAUCCCUUACGCCCCUUCCCACACUAACCUCGUACAAAUGAUGCUCACUUUAAAACUUGUGGGACUGGCAUUUGAAGUAAACACUUCAUUUGAAUCGAAGAAAAAGAAAGAUGACGCUAUUAAGACUGAAGAACAACAAUUAGAGGACGAAACGCAGCAGUUUGAAUUAGGAUUUACGGAUGUGUUUUGCUACGUUUUCAACUAUUGUGGUGUACUGACAGGGCCUUAUUUUAGAUACAGAACAUAUUUGGAUCAUUUACAUAAGCCCUAUAAUAAUUAUGACGAUUUUAUGCCUGCAAUUAAGAAAAAAUUGUAUUGGGUACCGAUUUUAGCGGGCAUUCAUGUGUUUACCGGCUAUUACUGGCCUUUAGCAUACGUAAACACCAACGAUUUCUUGGAAAGAUCAUUUUUAUAUCGCUAUUGGUAUGUGUGGCCGUCAUUUCUAAUAUUUAGAAGCAGGAUAUACUUAGGAUUAGUAUUAACAGAAAUCGUAUGCGUUUUGGGCGGUAUGGGAGUGUAUCCGGUAUUUUCAAAACCCAAAUCUGGUCACGGACCUACCCAACAAUUUAAACAACUCAAAGAAACAACCGACCCUGAAAUAUUGAAAGCACUUGAGUACAACUACGAAACUGUGCAAUCUAUUAAUCCAUAUGAGUCUGAUUGUGUGCCUACAAUGCGUGAAGCUAUGAAACAUUGGAAUAUUACAGUGCAAUAUUGGUUAGCAACUUACAUCUACAAAAGGUUCCCUUACAAAAAGUUCAGAGUAGGGGUAACGAUGUUGAUGUCUGCAGUGUGGCAUGGAAUGUACGCUGGUUACUACUUCUGUAUAGCAACCGUGCCGUUUGCUCUUAUGUGGGAAGACGUGUGGGUUAAAUUGUUGCUGAAAAACAAUGCAGGCGCGCCUAAAACCAUUGCGAACGGUUUCAUGCUGUUUAUGAAAAUGCAGAUGUUUUCCUACCAGAGUAUAUCGUUCGUGUUAUUGGAAAUUAACAAAAUUAUACGGUACUACAAUUCUGUAUAUCACUGCAUACCGAUUUUGUAUUUCGGAUUGUAUUUUUUGGGAAAUCAUCUUUUGAAAUCGAACAAACCCGAUCAGAAAACGAGUCAGAAAGAAGCUACGGAUUAAUUUU